CGCUCAGCUGAUGCCGACCGCUUGUUGCUUUCAAAAUCAAAGUCGCAAUUUCACAAAAGUGAUGGAAAGAAAAUAUUGAAGACUAUAGAUUAUGAGUAACUCCACGCGUGCCUUUGUGGGCAUGCAAAACAAAUAUGACCGUGUGGUCUUGUUGGUGGACAUGGACUGCUUUUUCUGCCAAGUAGAGGAGAAACAGCAUCCCGAGUAUCAAGGCAAGCCGCUAGCUGUGGUGCAAUACAAUCCUUGGCGCGGAGGCGGCAUCAUAGCUGUAAACUAUGCGGCGCGUGCAAAGGGUGUGACACGGCAUAUGCGAGGCGAUGAGGCCAAGGAGCUGUGUCACGACAUCAUCCUGUGCAAGGUGCCCAACAUAAGGGAAAAGGCAGAUACGAGUAAAUAUCGAGAUGCCGGCAAAGAGGUGGCAAAUGUGCUGCAACGCUUCACCCAGCUGCUGGAGCGCGCAUCUGUCGAUGAGGCCUACCUGGACAUAACAGAGACAGUUAAUCAACGUGUUGAGCAGCUGCAAACGGGCUCCUUUGCACUGAAGCCCGAAGAGCUGGUCAAUUGCCAUGCCGUUGGUUAUGAUAAUAUUGGCGAAUAUGUGAAUAAGAUCACCAAUCGCUUUGCCAAUCCCUAUGUGGAUGAUGAACGCUAUGUGCUUGCCUAUGAUCCCAACGACCUUCCGGCAGUGCGUCAAAGCGAUUUGCGUCUAUUGAUUGGCGCCUGCAUUGCGGGUGAAGUGCGUGCCGCAGUCAAGGCAGAAACGGGCUACGAAUGCUCGGCAGGCAUUGCGCAUAAUAAAAUACUUGCGAAGCUGGCGGCGGGCAUGAACAAGCCGAAUAAACAGACAAUACUGCCGCUGGCGCAGAUACCGCCGCUCUUCGACCAGCUGCCGGUAGGUAAAAUCAAGGGAAUGGGCGGCAAAUUCGGAGAAACAGUGUGCGAAACACUCGGCGUUAAGUUCUUGGGCCAGGUGCUCAAAUACAGCGAGAAGGACUUGCAGCGCAAGUUGGACGAGAAGAGUGGCACCUGGUUGCAUAACAUAGCCCGUGGUAUUGAUCUGGAGGCAGUGACGCCACGUUUUUACUCCAAAAGCAUUGGCUGCUGCAAAAAAUUCCCUGGUCGCAAUAAUAUAACUGGCCUGAAGACACUGCAGCACUGGCUGGGGGAGCUAGCGAGCGAAAUAAACGAUCGCCUGGAGAAGGAUUUCAUAGAAAACAACCGCAAGGCAAAGCAAAUGGUUGUGCAGUAUGUGCAGGACAUCGAUGGCCAAGAGGUGGCCAGUUCCCGUUCCAUGCCACUCAAUCAAUGCGAUCAGGAGACGCUCGUCAAGCAGUCUCUGGAGCUGAUCAAGACCAAUACAAAGACGUUUUUGCGUCCUGGCAGCGAAGCUGCCCUCAACAAUGCCAUCAAAUUUCUGGGCAUCAGUGUGGGCAAGUUCGAAUCGGCAUCCAGUGCGCAGAACAGCCUGCAGACUAUGUUUGCCAAUCAGGCUGCCAAGAAACGUCGCAUCAGUGUGGAGGAGGGCGUGGAAAAGCCAGUUGUAGUUGUGGAGCAAACGAAGCCGAAGCAAACCGAGGGGGGUAAAAUGAAAAGCUUCUUUGCGAAUUACUUGCAAGCGCGCAAAGAGGAACAUAAUGGAACGGAUAAAGUGGAUAAAAUGCCCUCGGAAGAGGGAUUGCCGAAAGAGGAAACUAAAAGCGAUAAGCUGGCAGAGGAGACAGCCACGCCUCUCAAUGCAUCAGAAGCACGAAAGAAGAGUUUUUUUGAGUCAUUUAAAAAGAAAAUGAUGGAUGAGUCUGUUCCAAAGGAUUCCAGCGACGACAAGGCAACGCCUACUUCGACGCCUCCUGAAUUUCGAGAGAGCUUUUUUGUCAAGUAUCUGAAGCAGCAAAGAGAAGUCAAGAAAGAUGCGGAGCAAUCAAAUGAGAACACGUCUAAGGCCGACAAUUCGUCUGAAAUGCAAGACUUGGCUGCAGAACUGGAUGACAUUGAAUCAACCAAUAAUGAGCCACAGCAAACAUAUGAAUCUGUGCCACCAGAGCAGUCAAACAAUUAUAAUCCACAACAAGAAGUUGUGGCUCUGCCGUCACCUGAACAGCCCUCCACAUCAAAACGUAAAUUGGAGCAGCAAAAUGCCAGUGAAACAGCGACUUUAACAGACUUUACGAACACGUACGUGGAGUACGCACGGCCCGAGCUGCGCCCAGGUCUGAUCAGCUUUGUCAAGUGCGAGGAGUGUGGCGCCCAAAUACCCGACGAUGUGAAAGCACUGCAAACCCAUCGCGAUCAUCACUUUGCCCAGCAGCUGAAUCGACAGCUGCGCUCGGAGCAGCGCGAGGAAGCGCAGCGUAGUCGAUUGAAUGCCACAAAGACAACAGCUGCCUCACCCCCAGCAAAGCCUGUGCCUGCAAAGAAAGCUAAAAAGGCUAGCGGAGCAACAGCAGCACCAACAACAACUCCUAAGCCUGUCAAUAGCAUUACGAAGUUCUUGGCACCCAAGCAACCACUGGAGCCACCUCCCAGCUGCAGCAAUGCGCCCAUGGAGCUCUGUGCUGAAUGCAAAACAUAUGUCAAAUCCGUGGAUAUGCCGGAACAUUUGGAUUUCCAUAUGGCCAAAAAGCUACAACGCGAACUCAAUCAACUGGAGGUGCGCACGAUAAUCACCGCAACGAACAAAAAGUCAACGCCGCCGCCUGCCAACAAGAAGCUAAAUAGUACCUUAAACUCUACCUCGGCUAAUCAUUCGAUUACCAAGUUCUUUACGCAGAGCAACUAAGAAAUACAAUA